UUCCACCUCCUCCUUCUUUCCCAGCCCCUUUUUCCCUCCACUCUCAAAUCCCUCUUGCCUGCUUCUUCUCCUUCAAAGAUCUAGCGCUCGCUCCCUCUCCUCUUAACGGAUCCCUCACUCUUUCCUUUCAUCUCUCCUCCUGUUAGUCUCUCCUCCUCCUCCUCCUCCUCCUCCUCUCGGUUCCAGCAGUAGAGAUUCGGUGAACAGCGGAGGCAGCAGCAGCAGCAGUGUCACUCCACUCGGCAACAACUUGCACCAAAGUGAGGACCUGUCCUCUCAUCUCUUUUUCUUUUUUCUUUUUUAAAAAAAAUCACAUCUUUAUUUGAUUUUGCAUCUUCUCGUUCAGCCUUUUUUCAUCAUUUCUCCUCCACUUGUCCUGCUGUGUUGAUCUCCCUCGGAGCGCAGCAGCAUGAGGGCACCAUGCAUCCCAAAUAGGGUUCCUGUCCUGGCUCCAAAUAGAGCAUGUAGCCAUACGCUUGGCUUUUUUCUGCCUCCUUUUUGCUUCUCGUUGGAAAUAUCUGGGCCAGUCUCAUGUCUGCAGCACUUUAUGUCAUUCUCCGGGCUCCAACUUGCAUGGAUGUGAUAGUUUUUUUUUUUUUUUUUUUUUAAAGGUAUGAAUGCAGGGCAUGUUUAAAUCAUUGACAGAUUGCUGCUCGACCUGAUGAUCGGCAUCGAGCAGCUCGUAUUGACGUAUUGACAGAGGCUGUUGUGCAGCGAAGAGCGUGAUGUUCAUCCUGCGAUGAAGAGCACAUUUUGAAGUCAAACAUCUAAAAGCUGCAGGACGAAACUGGAGACACGUUUUUGCAUUUUUAGAAUUUAUUCCUUCAGUCAUCUUCCCUUUUCCUGCAUCAAGUGAACUGGAGGUUGAACGUAAGAGGAUUGCGACGCCAGGAUGGACUUCUCGGACGAUUCCACGGCUGUCGGGGCCACAUUCACGUCCACUUUACCACCGAACUCAUCUGCGGACGGCGUCAACCAGACGUCGUCUUCGCUGGCCAAAUCCCCUCCCCUCCCCCCCCACUCGCAGGCGGCCUCGUUGUGCAUCGUGCUGGUGGUGGCGGUCAUCAUCCUGGGAACUGUGGUGGGAAACGUGCUGGUCGUGGUGGCCGUGUUCACCAGCCGGGCCCUGAGGGCGCCUCAGAACCUCUUCCUGGUGUCGCUUGCCUCGGCCGACAUCCUGGUGGCUACGCUGGUCAUCCCCUUCUCCCUGGCCAAUGAGAUCAUGGGGUACUGGUACUUUGGCUCCACCUGGUGCUCCUUUUACCUGGCCCUGGACGUCCUGUUCUGCACCUCCUCCAUCGUCCACCUCUGUGCCAUCAGCCUCGACCGCUACUGGUCCGUCACCAAAGCCGUCAGCUACAACCGCAAACGGACGCCCAAGCGGAUCAAAGUGAUGAUCAGCAUCGUGUGGCUCAUAUCCAUCGUGAUCUCCUCCCCGCCGCUCCUCAUGACGCAGAAAGACGGCGACGGGGAGACGGAGGACGGGAGCGAGAUGAGCAGGCAGGAGUGCCUCAUCAACAACCAGACGUGGUACAUCCUCUCCUCCUGCAUGGUGUCCUUCUUCGCCCCUGGCGUCAUCAUGAUCCUGGUCUACUGUAAGAUCUACCGCGUCGCCAAGCAGCGAGCCUCCACCGUGUUCGUGGCGAAGAACGUGAUGGAGAGGCAGCCGUCGCAGUCAGAGACCUGCUUCGUGGGCGGCAGCUGCCAGAGAAAGGGGAAAUCCCAGUACGAGCUGGAGAGCCCCCAGCCUGGACUCCGACGCAGCUUAUCAGUCGCCGACGGCAACAGCGGCAACCACAGGAGAGGAGAGCUGGACGACAUCGACCUGGAGGAGAGGAACUCUGAACCCGUCGUCAAAGAGUCCUUUUCCUCGUCCCUUCGUUUCCCCCGGCGAGCUGGGAGAGCGAAAACAGACGAGGGAAAGGACGUCGACGGUGCAGCCAACAGACUCAGGCUGCCUCCUCCUCCUCCCUCCUGCGCCUCCAUAUCCUGGGCCUCGUCCGACCAGUGCUCCCAGAACUACCUGCUGCCGUCUCCGCUGCCCGUCCGCCACAGACAGAUGUCGCUGUCCAAGAACAAGGUGGCGCAGAUGAGGGAGAAGCGCUUCACCUUCGUCCUGGCGGUGGUGAUGGGGGUCUUCGUGCUUUGCUGGUUCCCGUUCUUCUUCACGUACAGUCUGCACGCAAUCUGCAGAGAGAACUGCACCAUCCCAGAAACGCUCUUCGACCUGUUCUUCUGGAUCGGAUAUUGCAACAGCUGCCUGAAUCCCAUCAUCUACACGAUUUUUAACCGGGACUUCCGCAGGGCCUUCAAGAAGAUUCUGUUCCACACGCAUAAAAAGACCUGAGAGGAGGAGCGUUUGAGCGUGGGCACUGUUUCAGCGCCGUUCUCCACUGUGCUGUCAAAACAACAUUAAAGGGCUUGUCAUACGGCUGCAGUCCCGCUUCUUCAUUCCAGAAUUCCCCCACAGAUCAGGGAAGUCUGGAGUUUCAGUUCAGUAA